GCGCUGGGCCUUUGUGGGCGAUUUGUUGUUGUUGUUGUUGUUGUUGUUGGCAAGGGAAACGGAACAAAGCUUCCAUCAACACAUUGACAAAGGGAAGAGAGCACCUCUUCGUUUGCGUGUAUUUGCUUGAUUGCUCUGCUUGAGAAGCGUGAGACUGUUCCGUGUGAGGGCUCUGGUACAUUGAUUAACCACUGACUCAACCAAGAGGCCCGCCUUUUUAUAGAAGACAGCACAGAGGUUCACUGGCCAACAGACAGACAGACAGACAGACAGACAAUGAGCCAAUCAAGUUCUCCCCUAAAGAGACAACCUUCAGAGCCACAGGAAGGAGGGGAUUCUAAGAGAGCCAAAGUUGGCAUUAGCUCCCAUGGAACACCCUCGGUGGAUGACAUCCUCGAGGGGGACAUAGACUCUUCGCUGGCUGCGAUUGAAGGCGGUGAUUCGCUGCUACACAUUCCGUCGAAUUUGCCUUCAGCGUCUGUAUCGGCAAUGGAUACACCUACACUCAUGUCGAUUGAACUGCAGGCCGACAUUAGUGUCCCAGCAUCGUCAGAGAGUAAAGAACAACAGAUACAGUCGCAGCUAACGGCUGCAAAACAAGAGCCGUCACCUUCUCAAGCGCAAAUUAAACAGGAGGGUUCGACGGCAAAUGGUGCAACGAACAAUAACAGUACCGCCAACAACGACGCUGCAAACAGCACCAACGCUGGCAGCAAUAGUAAUACAAACAACGAGAAUAGCGCCAAUACAAAACCGUCUGGAGGUGAUCCUGAUAAACUAUCCGACGCACUGGUGUCCGCUGGUGUCGAUUUAAAAGCGGAAGAGGCGUUGUUGAACUCGACAAUCCUUGCUAAGAAAGCUGCAGAGGAGGAUUCAAUACCAAAAGGACCAGUGAUUGUGGACACUCCGUUUCUGGACCCACAGCAGGUUAACUGGUUUAUGGGUAAAGUGCUAUCAGCCAAUGGCCUCAAGCACUCUUCUCAACUUGACCCAUCGUUGAUUGGUCUAAUAACAUAUGCCACGGAGGAGUGGGUGAAGAAUAUCAUAACUGGAGCUAUCAUUCUUUCGAGACAUAGACGCCGUUCCGUGAAGAGCAAGAGAAGAUCUGAACUGAGCAUUGCACUUCGAGAUCUCAACAUGAAGGCAAAGUCUCAGGAGGAUAAAAGACAAGAGAGAAAGAAAAAAAGUGGUGUCAAUGAAGGCCCCGAAAAGGAGGCCACCGAGGAAAUUCAACACAAGGCUACAAAUGCCACUGUUGCCAUGAUGACUGGUAAGAAGAAGAAGUACGAUUGGAUGAACUCGGGAGGCGGAUCCUCAAAAUCCCCAGCCAAUGACAUCAGUACACGAUUCAGGGAAGCAAGAGAAGAACCUGGAGUUGUUGUUAGGGAUUUGCUAAACACAUUAGAGAAGAAAAGAAUGGGUGUGGAGAAAACAAUUACGAAAGGUUAUGCAAAGCUCAAGGACUGAUGAGAGUUGUCUGACCUUGUCUUGUGACGAUUUGACAGUGCAAACGGUGGAAAUAAUAAACAAUGUACGACUUUGACGAUGACAGCGAUGACAGCGAUCCGAUCUCUCGUGUAGAUUAAACUGUGUGAACGUCACAUACGCUCACACUAGCGAAACGGUCUAUUGCGUUACAAUUGGUUCAUAUUGACGUAUUGAAACUGUC